CCAGAACGUUGGCUGAGCGGCCAGCCCCUGCAGUGUACGUCAUUUCCGAGCAACAGGAAAAGGCUAGCGCAAGAGUCUUUGUACAUGCGCGCGUCAGCAGGCUGGGCUGCGUUUGAAACGACAAGGUUACUUCAGUUCAGUCCCCAGGAUGUGUCCCUCUUGAACCCGGAAGCGGAGGUUGUUGCGGAAAAGUGGCUGCCGGAGGUGGGUGAUCAAGCGGACUUGUAUUUCAAAGAGAUGUUCAACUUCUUCCGAAAAAGCCAGGAUACCAAGAAGGUACCAGUGACAGACAAAGAAGCAGAUGGAUUUGUUCUUCUAGGUAAUACAAUUAAUGAAGAAAGCGAUGACUCUCAAGAUAAAACUUCAUUGUAUGUGACGGGACCUGAGGGUGACCAGACUUCACAGACAAAUUCAACCAAUCAACCAAAGUUGACAGAGGUGGGGACAGAGAAAAAUCAGAAUAUGGAAAGCAAUUCUUCUAUGCUGGAACUUCUCAGUGAUGUACCUUUCACUCUUGCGCCACAUGUGCUGGCAGUACAAGAUGCCUGUAAUGACUUCCCCAGACAGUUGCUCUCCUGUGAUGUCAGUGACAACCUUACAAGAUUUUGGUAUGAUUUUACACUUGAAAAUUCAGUGUUGUGUGAGUCAUAGUUGAAUCACUUAAUUGACACACGUACCUUGAUCACUUGAAGUAAAAUACUCAGAAGUUGUGUGUUAAUGUAACUAUACUAGUUUGUGACACACCAUCUGAAUAACGUCUGGCUAAACAUUAACAUUCUCCGUCCUCUGUGAUAUUGCUUACAGUGUGUUAAACCUGUGCCAAUUCUGGCAACUCAGCUGCAAAAAACAGGUUAUAAUUUGGACUCCUCUAAAACUACCCCACAAAUUUUCCCCUUAAUUCCAAAUCAACUAUCCCCGUGUCGACAUUUGGGGCUUGCCUUUACAAAGGGAGACAUUGAGUAGUACAUUAGUCUCUCUUGCACUGUGAUUUAAUAAAUGGGCAAGAAGUAAGUGGUGGUGAAAAAUCUAGCUUAUUUUGGAGAACAACCUCCAAGUUCUCUAACAUUUAUGGCUUUGUGGAAAUCUUGAACAGUGUCUGAUUCUAUUUUAUCCCUUUUGUGAAAUAUAGAAUUGUCUGCAACCCCAUACCAAAUUGACUGUACACAUCCACAAUGCAGAAUGGGUUGCUGCCAUAGUUUUUGGGGUUUUCAUACAAUAUUUCCUGGGGACUCAGCAGUUUUUCAUUUGCUGUUUAUUCUCAUCACCACAUAUGCUUCUAGUUUCUAUGAUGAUCAGUUUUUCCAUUGCAAACCUCUGUACCCACUAGAGAGUGAAAUCUGGGUAUGUAUUUAUAUAUAGAAAUAUAUUCUUAUUAGUGUAUCAUAUGCACACUCACACAUGGGUUUACCACUGAUCCUUUUUUAAUUUGUAUGGGUCAAAUGUAAAAUUGAUAGGUUUAAGUAUCAGAAAAGAUCAAAUAGUUACAUGUCCAACUAAAUUAGAUAUCAUCUAAUCCAAAUAUUCAUUUCACAUGUCUUAUUCCAACUAAAGUCUAGUUGAACUUCUCUUGCUCACUAUUGUAGUGUGUAUGAAUAAUUAAUAGGUGCAAGAUUUAUUUAUUUUAUUUUUACUGGGAGUUGGAUGGGAGAGAAUACAUUUCUUCUGUGCCAAAGGUAAGUAUUUCAGAAGGAAUGUGCAGCAUGGUUAUCUAAAAGCAUAGCACAAGUUUUUCAUAUUAAUACUUUGUCAGCCUUCCCCAAUCUGGUACCCUCCAGAUGUUUUGUUACUACAGUUCCCAUCAGCCCUGACUUUUGGCCAUGCUGGCUGAGGCUGACAGGAGCUGUAGUCCAAAAUUCCUGGAGGGCAUCAGGUUGGGGAAAGCUGCUCUAUGGGUUGGAUCCAGCCUAAGUUAGUUGCAUAUACUCCCACUGAAGUCAAUGGGAUGUUAGCCACAACUUAAGUCCCAUUGAUGUUAAGGGAACUAACUUAGGCUGCUUAGAAGUAAACUCCAUUGGGUUCAGUGGGACUUACUCCUGGGUAACUGUGUUUUGGAUUGAAGCCUUAGUCUGGAUCCAACCCCCUGCUUUUAUGUUACGAUAACAAAUGUAGCAGAUAACAAAUGUUAAAUGUUUUCUUAGUUAAAUUGUUGGGGUGCGCACAUGCUUUUUUCUUGGGAAAACUAUUUUGUGAAGUUUGGCAGAUCUAGAUACGUUGUAUAUUUGUGUGUGUGUAAUGAAAACUGUGAUUAAAUGUGAUGUUCCUGUUGAAACUGGAAAUCCUUGCAUGUUGGAUUCUCUAUAACCAUGUUUAAUCAGAUGUCACAGAAGAUACUAGACAUUUUUAAAUAAAUGAGAUAUUUAUUUAAUGGUAAAUGAGAGAUGACUUUCUAUUAAAUAACUUGAGCGAUAUCUUGGGAAAUCUAAGUUGUAUUAAAUUCUGUAUAAUGUUGCAUGUAUAUCAGCAGAAGAAUGAGAUUCUCUCUAUAUUCAAAUAUAUACAUUUGAUUAUUCCCAGAGAAAGGCAGAAGCAGUUUUAAUUGGACAGAAUUUACUUUUUUUGUGAAUUUUCUGGCAAGCAGGAUCUUUAUCCCAGAUCAUCUGUGUUGUAUGCUGAACUGUUAAUUUUUGUGCUUUCUUUGACAUUAACCAUUAUUUUUUUACCUGUUCAAAAGCAACAUUACCACUAUUGUUGGUUUUAAUUCUAAUAAAUAUUUGUUCCCUGUUUUAUUCUGUCAAAAAUUACUCCAUAGUAUAAUCUAAAAUAUCAUUAAGGGAGAUACUAACGUACUAAAUUGGCUAAUAUUUCAAACAUCAUUUGUGUUAAAUAACAGGCAGGCAACAGAACAUAUUUUUAGAUGGGGCAUUUCUUAUAGUAUGAUUUCUGUAAUACUUUUCAUUCAAGUAACUUUAACAAUACACAUUUUUAUUGUGGUUCCUAUAAAAACAAAGUAACACAAUGAAGGUGUUUACAUUGAAAUUUUAAUUGUAAUUUUUGUAUUGCAUUGUUUGUUGCCUCUGGAAUGUAUUUUUUUGGUGAAAGGUAUUACAUAAGUGUUAACACAAUAAAAUAAAUGCACAUUG